AUGCGCCCCAGUGAAUGCGUGUGUGCUGGUCCUGGUCCCGUGCCUCGCGCGGCUCGCAUGACGGAGCCCCCGCUGAGCGCGAGGCCGCGGCCCGCGGCGCGAAGAAGGAAGCGCCUGGUGGGCGGAGCGCUCUGCAGCUCGCUCGCGGUCAUUCCGGAGCCCUGCGACAGCCCGGAGCCCUCGCCCGCGCCCUCACCCUCGCCCGCUCCCACGACCGCCCCCGCGCCCACCCUCGCGAACGGGCCCACCUCGUCCUCGAACGCGCCCACCGGCGGCCUGGGAGCGCUGCAGGAAGAGGAAGAAGAGGAGGAGGAAGAAGGAAAGGAAAAGGAGGACGAAGGACGGAGUUUGCCGGACGCCAACGAGCGCGGCAGCUCCCUCAAGAGCGUGCUCAGCGGCCGCACUUUCUUCACGUGCACCUCGGGCGACUACAGCGACCUCCGGUGGUUCGACGCGGACGAGGCGGACACCGACGAGGAGGAGAGCCUGUACGACUUCUUCGAGUGCGGCGGUGACGACGCGCACGCGCCCCACAGCCGGCUCGUCAGCGACGUGUACAGCGCGGUCAUCCAGCGCAAGAUCGAGACGCUGGAGCGCGCGGCGAGCGGGGGCGGGGCGUCGGGCGCGGGCGAUGGCAUGAGCCGGCGCGCGGGCGCGGGCGCGACGGCGGCGGAGGACGCAGUGGUGCCGGCGUCGCCCACGCACUCGGCCAAGCGGCGCGAGAAGGCGGCCAGCGGCUUCUUCUCCUUCUUCCGCUGGUUCCGCAAGGGGCGCGGCGACGGCGACGAGGAGGAGGACGCUCAGGGCGACGCGGACGCCGACGGCGACGUCGAGGACGAGGGCGCACCCGGGGGCUCGCUGCCGCCCACGCCCGCGUCGCUGCGGGUGGUGCGAGCGCACAGCGCCAGCUGCGGCAGCAUCGACACGCUCUUCAGCACGGCCACC